AUGGAGGACAGCCCGGCUCAGCGACCAGCAUCCCAGCUGAUUGCUGGAUUUACUUCGCCCUCUGCGCCUGCUAGUUCACGCAACCUCUUACAGCAAUCUUCUCUUUCAAUGAGGCCGCCGUUGAUCAGUCAUGAUAUCGAGAAAGAAGAAUUGCGUGUACAAGUGAGCACGCUCACGUACGAGCUGGCGAAUCUGAAACAGGAGCGGGAGCUGGAGGCGAUUCGAUUCGAGAAAGAGUCUAGGAGCCUUCAAUUAAAGGCAGAUUCCGACUUUCGGAAAGCGCAAGCAGCCGAGUCCGCCAGUGUGCGCGCGAAUACGAAGACGGAAUCACUAGCCAGGGAGUUGAAGGAAACACAGGAACAACUGCUAAGCGACAAAACUGCAUCCGAACGUAGAAUUCGCGACUUGCAGGUUGAGAAGCAGAAUAUACAAGAAGAGCUCACCGACGCGUUAGCUCAAGUCUCCGAUCAAGACCGUCAAUUCAAGUAUCAAGUAUCCGAGCUUGAAUCAGUGCGCGCCUCCCUUCAGAAAACGAUAGACGAGUUGCAGCGCGACCUACAAGAAGCGCGUGCUUCUCAGCAGGCCAUUCAGGAAAAGCUGUCUCAGCGUGAAACUGAGGUUGCAGAGUUGGAAUCGCAGAACAUCCAACUAAAGGCAGAAGGCAACGAUGCAGAAACUUUGACCAUCUUGAAACGGGAGUUGUCCGACCAAGUGAGCCACAUUCGAGAACUUGAAACAACAACCCGUGAUCAGGCUAUUGAGCUGCGUCGCCUGCGAAAGGUGCAGAAAAGUGUCGAAGUUGUGGAAGAGCAGAAAAGAUCGCUUGAAAAUCAGUUGCAAAUGAUGCACGGCCUCGAGGCGGAACUAAAUACUGUUCAGAUUCAGAAACAAGUGCUAGAGGAUGAGCGAGCAUCAUGGGCCAGCCUCAUUCAGUCAAACGAUCAGACUAUGGAAUUUGAUUCGCCAGAGUCAAUAGUCCGAGCUCUUGUCCAAGAGAGAAUCGAAAAGGCAACUUUGGUCGACCGGCUGGGCACGGUUGACGCACAGUUUUUGGAGAAAGAUGAGAGCAUCACAAUGCUGGAAAAGGAAAAGACUCAACUCCGACAAGAAAUCGAGAAACUCCGCUUGGCGGGAAGCAUCACCUUGGGGGCAGCAGCACCUGCAGCCGCAGAGGCUCGUAUCCGGUCACGGCUCGAAAGACAGCGCGCCCUCGCUGUCAAGGAGGUUGAGUAUUUAAGAGCUCAAUUGAAGACAUUUGACACUGAGGAAGAGACGAUGAAUACCGGAGAAAACAACUACGACGCGCAAAAAUCGGAACAAAUCGCAAAACUCGAGCAGCUGGUCGAUGAAUAUCGCAACGAGUUACACAAAGCUCAUGAAGAGCUAUCACAGCAGGAACCGCCAUCACAGCAGUCGGAAGAAGCUCAGCAUAGAGGAACAAAGCGACCCCUGUCGCCUGCGGAAAGUGAAGCGGAUAAUGAACGCUUUGCUAUUCUGAACCGCAAGAAUCGCAAGCUACAAGAGUCUCUAGCAAAGUCGCGAGAAGCGACAACGCUUGCGAAGCGAGAACUAGAUGCAGCAAAAUCGCAGAUCAAAUCACUCAAGUCAAAAACCCACACACGCAUUUUGGAACUGCGCGACAAUCCAACUGCCGAGACUGAGAAGAUCAAAAUGACAACUCUGAACACGCUUCGUUCCGAAAAUCAGGCUCUUAUGGCUCAACUUCGAGGUGAACACACUGGCGUCAAGGCCGUCCCUGUGAGCACAUUGGACAGUUUGAAAUUGGAGAUGCAGGAGUUGGAGCGAAUCGUGGCUGAGAAGGAGAAGCGCAUGCGUCGAUUCAAGGAGAUUUUCACGGCCAAAUCCGCGGAGUUCCGUGAAGCUGUUGCCUCUUUGCUGGGUUACAAGCUCGACUUCCUACCUAAUGGCCGUGUUCGCGUCACAUCCAUGUUCCAUCUCUCGGCCGCCUACCGACAUGGUGACAGCGAAGCACGUUCAGAUGCUCGCGGACCCGGUAGCAUGGGCAACGGCGAGGAGAACUCCAUCGUUUUUGAUGGAGAAAAUGGCACGAUGAAGAUCUCUGGUGGGCCCAAUAGUCUCUUUGCGCUGGAGAUCAAGCCUCUGAUCAAGUUUUGGGUUGAGGAAAGAAAGGAUAUUCCUUGCUUCCUUGCGGCUAUGACGCUUGACUUUUAUGACAAGACAACGAGAGCUGCUAGAAUUUGA